CUACACUCGCCGAGUGCAUCGUUCCCCCGUCUUAUGUCGCUCCUUAGAUGGAUGCGACCCCUGCUGUGAACACCGCCGUUUGUGAGCGAGUGGUCGCGGCUGUCAUACUGGCCAUCCAGCCGCCCAGUUUGUGGAGAUAGAUAACUUGGCUGCAGUGAUGGCGCUGCAGCUGAGGAACCGGGAUGCAGUGUACUACCAGAGUGCAGAAUAUCACAGGACUUAUACCUCAGCGACUGUUAGCAGCCAUUAUCUUUCCCCUUUGCCAGGUCCAGAGGCCAUGUUGAAGCCUACCCUCAGCCUGUUCAGCCAUCCACAGCAGCCUUUUCAACACAUGGACUCUGUGCACCAGCUGGGACCUCCGCCAAUGGUGCCUACACAGACACUCUGCCCACCACCAGUCGGCCCCACUCCUGCAAUUGGACCCCCAAAUAUGGCUCCCUCCCAGACUUUGGGGCCACCUCCCAUCACCACUACUCACACCUUGAGGCCUCCUGCCAUUGCUCCUCCACACACCCUAGCCCCACCUCCUUCCAUGAUGCACACCUUGGGUCCUCCGUGUCUAGACCGCUCACAAGCAAUGGUGCCUCCUUCCAUAGACCUCACACAACCACUGGGGCCUCCACCUCUGAACUGUGCACAUGCAUUGGUGACCCCGGUGCCUCCUGGAGCUAACAGAUUCCCCCUGCCACCCAGUCCCCUGUCCUCCCCUCUUACUCCAAGCCCAGAACCCACGCAACUGCAUCCAAGGUCUGGACCUCCGCUAAUUUCAUCCCAAGUGUGCGGCCUUAUUCCAUGCACUCCUGCGGAUCAGGCAGCCUCAGCCAGCGAGCAGCCCCAGGAUGAGGGUUCUCCUCUGAGUGGGGGAGAGCAGGAGGACUCUUUGGGCCUGGAAGAACUUUGUAAACCAUUGUACUGUAAACUUUGCAAUGUUACCCUCAACUCAGCUCAGCAGGCGCAGGCUCACUACCAGGGAAAGAACCACAGUAAAAAGUUGCGAAAUUUCUACGCUGGCAGCCAACAGCCUCCAGCCAUCAGAAUCCCUGAAGUGCUCGAGGUCUCUGGUCAGACAAACCUCAUCUCAGGAUCCAACGACGGCGAUACCGCAAGGCAGGCUCUGUAUAAAGGCCCCACUCGGGUCAUUUUGGCCACAGAGAAUGAUUAUUGUAAGCUGUGUGAUGCCUCCUUCAGCUCACUGUCAGUCGCACAGGCUCACUACCAGGGCAAGAACCACGCAAAGAAACUACGACUGGCCGAGGCGCAGCAGAACAACAAUAACAUGGAUGGGAAUAGCGAAGUAACCCCAAGAAGGAACAGGAAAGACGGCAGCGAGUACAGACUGGUAAAAAAUCGUCGUAGCCCUCAGCUACUUACCUCCUUGCAAGGGCCAUACUACAACCCCAGACCAAGGCAGCGGAUCCCCAGGGAUCUAGCGAUGUGUGUGACCCCCAGUGGACAGUUCUACUGCUCCAUGUGCAACUGUGGAGCGGAACAGGAAACAGACUUCAGACAGCAUCUGGAAAGCAAGCAACACAAAGCUAAAGUGUCUGAGUUAAGGUACCGAAACGAGAUGGAGAACCUGGGCUACAGCUAAGAACGCAGAGAAGAAAUGGGAACAAAGAAGGACGGAGGAAGAACACAAGACCAAAGUGGUAAAUGGGGGCAUUUUUAUUAUGGGAUUACUAUUAAAAUGCUGUUGGGAGUUUGUAUGAAAAACCCUCAUAUCAGAUACAAAAUGUUGGGUCUGCCAAGAAAAUUUCAAAUCUAAAUUAUACAAGAGACAUAUAUUUCUGAUCCACCCGUUUUGUUUUUUUUUUAAUUGUAACUCAGGAUCUCGGUACAUAAAAGGUUUUGCAACACAUGUAAGGAGAGAUCUACAGAGUGUGGGUCACUUAACAAAAAGCGGAUUGUGGUUAUCUUGUGUAAAAGUCAGAUCAAAUCUAAAGCACAACCAAUAUCAUGUGGGAGAAACAUGAAACAUGUGAAACAAAUCUGUUGGCCUUAGCUGACCUUCAGCAGUUCUUUGUAUCAGACUUAAUGCGUCACCUUGGCUGGCCUUGCUUGUGCCUUCUUUGGAAAAAUGGCUUAAGAGUAAUCUUCUGGAAAUGUAGUUAUGAUUUCAUUUUCUAUAUUCUUGGUCGGUUCUGUAUAAAACAAUGUUUAAGGCAAAUAUAUCAAAUUAUAUCAAGAUAUAAAGUGUAUUUAAAAAUAUAUACAUGCAUUGUGUUGAAUAUUAGGUAAAUGUUGAGCUAUUACACUGUAAAUAUGUAUUUAUUAUCAGGAAGACGUGUUGACUCAUCAGCACUAAUCACAUUAGUGGAUUUAGAUGGAAAUUACACAAGAAAAUAGUCAAAGACUAUAAGUAGGUAGUCAUAUUAACACAGAUUUGCCAUGUUUAUUGAUUUUGGUAUGAUUUAUUCCAAUCCCUAAGCUUAUUGGACAAUUUUGAGGAAUUGUUUUUUUUUUGACUGAACUGGUCCGCCAAAUACUUUUGGGUUCUGAUCCAUCUAGAGAGCAUUCACUUAAUAAACCAAUUUAGAACACUGAUAUAUAGUUUUUAUUUACAUGUAUUCAUCAUGGUAAUUUUGGAUCUUUAAUGAUGUGCUGUAGUAUUCUAUUUUUUGAUGAAAUAUCCUUUAGCACACUUUUUGUAGCACUCAACAAGCUCCAUUAUUCUGGCUGGAUAUUUGACCUCUCUUCUUGGCAGAGUUGGUAGUUCAUUCAUUUUCUGCCACUUAUCCUCACAAGGGUCUAUCCCAGCUGUCUGGGAUAGAGGUGGGGUACACCCUGGACUGGUUGCCAGCCAAUCACAGGGCACAUAUAGACAAACAACCAUUCACACUCACAUUCGUACCUAUGGACAAUUUGGAGUCAUCAAUUAACCUAGCAUGUUUUUGGAAUGUGGGAGGAAACCGGAGUACCCGGAGAAAACCCACGCAUGCACGGGGAGAACAUGCAAACUCCUCUCAGAGAUUUCCGAGGGUGGAAUUGAACUCGGGUCUCCUAGCUGUGAGGCCUGCGCACUAACCGCUCGUCCGCCGCCAGAGUUGGUCGUGUUUAUUUAAAUUGGCCAAUGCAUGUAUAUAUUUGAAGCUGUAUGUGUAAAUCUGAUUUUGUGUAAGGUAGAGAAAAUAUUACCUUGCAUAAUCAUUCCAUCCUGGAAAAAUACGAUUUCAAAUACAGUGGAAUCUCGGUCAUUAAUUUGCUUCACCUAAGGGUGCUCUAGACUUGUGUACCAGUCACUGAAAAUGUACAAUGUAGACAACAACUUAUAAAGAUGAACACAAAUUCCCCCAGAAAGAAAAUCAUAUUCUGAUUUUAUUCUGAUUACAAAAUAUUAAACUAGUUACCUUAAAGUUACCUUUACUAGUUAACUUUUACAUUAAUAGACGCCUAUUUAGCCUGUUCUCCAUUUGUCCCUAAUUUCCCCCAAAAUAUUUCUACUCUAUUUUAUACUCUGUAGUUUCACAUGCAGAAAAUAAUGUGAAAUGGACUUCCGGUACAUCCUGUUGAGAUUGACUUCAAUAGUGUUUCUCACCAUCAUUUAUCCAAAUUGCUGGUACUCCCAACUUUCUUUGGCCCCAUGACGAGUUAUUUAGCAGUUGCACUGAAAAAAGUGAGUCAUCAACAUGUAGGGUGCUCUCGAUUUUGCGUAACAAUACAGCAUAAGACAGACGCACCCGAUUGUUACAAGAUAUACGAAAACUGGGGGAAAAUUUUAGCAAAUCAUACAAAAACUAAAGUGUACAAAAAUAAAUGGAGGGACAACGUUGCAGUGAUGAGUGUAUGUAAACUUGUGACUGCAACUGUACCUAUAGUGAGAAGGUAGGUUAUAAAAAAUUAACUAGUGUCAAAACACAGUCCUGCAGGGCUGCCCCCAUCAUCACUUGAAGUAUUGUGUGUUGUAAAUAUUAGCCAUUGCUAGUGGACACUUUCAAUAGCUGCAAUGUUUUUUCAUACACUCAAUAUAAGGGAAUAUAAUAAGGACAAAGAAGCUGUGGGGGGUAGGAGUUACAAGACAACAAACUACUGAACUGUUUUUUUUACUCACUCAUCGUAAGAAAAACGAGAGGAGAGGUCAAUAACCAUGCCCACUUCUAGAAUAGGCUUUGUCUUAGUGAAAUCACUGGUGGUAGCACGUCAGAGCAUUGAGAACAUCUUUGGAUUCUAUAGGGCAGAGCUUUGUGAAAAAAAAAGUAGAUUCGUUUUUGGGAACAUUUGAGCCUGCAUGAGGCCACAAGAUGACUUGCAAAAAUGUGCGGUAAUUGAUUGUAUCUUUUGCAUGAACUUGAAAAAGUACUUUUUUGAGAAUGGCCUGUUCUUUUUGCUAAUUUGAAUUAUUGAUACCACUAAAAACAUAAUUAGAAGAGAAAAAGAAACUAACCUGUCUGUAUUGAUGAACAUCAUUUGUUGUCAACAAGCUAUUGUGGAAUAAUUGAGAGCAGUUCAAAUCACAAAACCUGAAGGUAUAUGCUAAAUUAUUGUAACCAUCAGGCUCAAUAGCUCAGUGGUAGGCCAUAUUUGCACUGAAAUAAGGUAUAGUAUAAUUUUUUUGUUUAUAUUACAAACUUAUUUAUUGAGAGGUUAAUUCCACACAACCAUCUUAUUUUGUGCAUACAUUUAAAUGGUCUAUAAAGAACUAUAAAGCCCAAUAUGAUGGAGAUUGACAUGUACUGGGGCAUUAGAAUUGUCAUGAUGUUGUUGUCCAUAAAGAAAUAUGCCACUCAAUGAAAAUGUGUUUUUUGUACUGAGAAUCAUCUGCACUCACAUUUACACCAUUACUGAUGUAAUUACAAAAAUAUUCCUUUUAUUAAUAUUGAAUCCUACUUUGCAGAAAUUCACGUAACCAAUUAACGGUGAUAAACAAGGGACAACUGUACAGUACUAGAUAAAUACUAAUCCUUCAACACUAACUGAAGUACACAUCUUAGUCUAUUCAAUA